AUCUAAAUUUAUCUCAUAAAAUCUUGCAUUAGUGCAGAGUCGGUCUGACCAUUUAUCACUUGUCACAAUCGACAUUUAGUUAUUUACAACCUAAAAAGCAUACCAACCUAUUAAAUGAAAGAAGCUCCAUAAUUUAUAAGUUCAAGAUUACCUUUUCUUUUACCAACGUGACAUGCAGGGCACAUGCAUCCAAACAGCACCCUUCACUAUUGAUAUUCCCAGUCGUCAGCCAAACACCCUCUAAUUGUAAUUUUAACCAUAAUAAUAUAAUAAUAAAAGUUUCAAACUGGAAAGAGGAAAAUCGAAGCAGCAAAUUGAACCUCACCCUCGAAUGGCGCCCACAAUUUGAGCUUUCAACAAAUUCGAAAAUCAAGUGAAUCCAACAAUGUUCGGAGUUCAAGGUUCCUCUUCUGCCUUCGGCACUCCUUCUUCAACGCCAGCGUUUGGCACUCCUUCUUCUACUCCUGCCUUCGGCAAUCCUUCGACGCCGGCGUUUGGAACUCCAUCUUCGACUCCGGCCUUUGGUACUCCGUCUUUGACGCCUGCGUUUGGCACUCCGUCGACGCCGUCUUUCGCCACGGGCUUUGGCGGCUCCUCUCUUUUCUCCACUCCAUUCUCUUCUCAAACUCAACAGCAACAGACUCCGUUAUUUCAGCAACAACAGCCAGCCGCAGCGGCACCUUCUAGUGGGUUCGGGUUCCAGACUCCGUCAUCCACUACUUUCCCCAAUGCUCAAUUGACAACUCAAAUGGCUCCCGUCGCUCCUCUCCCUUUUUCUCUUGUCGAUCGUGAUAUCCAAGCAAUUGUGGACGCUUACAAGGAGGAGCCUGGGAACCCUAAGUACGCUUUCAAGCAUUUGUUGUUUAGUGUAAGAGACCCGCAAUUCAGGGCAAAGCCGACUGGUGUAUCAGAUAUCAUGUGGGCGGAAGCUAUGGCAAAACUGGAGGGUAUGGGGAGUGCUGAUCGGGAAAGACUCUGGCCUCAGCUUGUUCAGGGUUUUAAGGAUCUUUCACAGCGAUUGAAGCUACAAGAUGAAGUCAUCCUUUCAGAUGCUGAAAGAUUGCUAAUGACUCAGAGCAAUGUAAAAAUGCUCCAAAGGCAUUUUCAAGCUGACACUCUUCCGUGGAUCCAGAGAAUGAGACAAAAGGAGCAAAGCCUCCAAAGGCGCCUCUUAAAGAUGAUGAGAAUAGUGGAAGCAUUAGAGGGUAAGGGAUGUCACUUGCCUUUAAUGAGAGGGGAAGUUGAAUUGGCUGAGAAGUUAGCUGCAAUAACUAGACAGUUGAAAGGAUCUGGAGCAGAACUUUCUAGGAGGGUUCAAAAUCUACUCACUGUUUCUCGUGUUCAAGCUAAUGCUAUUGGUGCUGGAGGUUCUCUUUAUCUUCCAGGAUCAGCUAAAAUACAUGAGCAGAGUCUUGCUGAUAUGCAGGAGGUAUUACAACAGCAGACAGAGGCUAUUGCAAGGCUUGGCAACGUGCUGAAGCGAGAUAUCAGAGAUAUGGAGAUAAUAAUGGCUGAAGACACAGAUAUGACAUAAGAUGUGAACUACAGGGCCGACAACUCUGGUGAUUCUUUGCAAUUCCCUUUUAAAAAUUUUGUUGGUGGAUUGGAUAUGAAUUUAAAGUUGCUGUUUAGACGGUUCUCACCAACGUUCAGUGAUGCAAGUGUACCAUGAUCAUUUCUUUGAUCAUUAGAGAAUUAGAUAAUUAUCCAAAUAUAAAUAGUUCUCCCCCCUGAAGAGGAUUAAGGAGCUGGACUCCACGGGUGGGGUUAGAAAAUUAGUGGAUACCCUGACUGAAGACUCUUCGAGGUCGAUGCCUAAUAAGAUAGAUAUCCCUUAUUGAAUCAUCUUUUUGAUUCCAAGCAAUUAGUGUCAAGGGUAUUACUACUACAUUAUCAGUCGUAGUCUGGCCUAUGGUAGUCCAACCUUCUUCAGGCGGAACUCGAGUUAAGAUUUCAAAGUUUAUAGCUAGGCCGAGCCAAUAGUUGUAUGUAUAUGAAUGGGCCUAAACAGGUCAGAGAUUCAGUCACUAAGGGGCAGGCAUGAUAAAACUUAGCCUAAGCUAUCCGGGUCUGACCCAUUUACGCCUCUAUAAUUAUAGCCUUAAGAGGUAUAUAUAUAUAUAUA